CGCUCAAAAGAGAGAGGUGGCCCGGCACUCGGGCACCGGGGAGGCAGCACUCGCCAGCAUGGAGGCGAGUGCCGCAUUAUCGCGACCGCCGCCGCAUCGGCCGCGCGCACUAGAUGAAACCUGCGCACGCGACGCGAACAAUAGUGGCGAUAUCGCGACAACCGCGCGACUGUUUACCUCCGGGAGAAACGCCGCGGCAUCUUUACUACGAAACAAGUGACGAUUGUAUUUUAUUAAAAACUUGAAGGACCGAAAAACAAGUGAGCGCAUAGGACGAUACAGGCAACGCGUACACAAGCGCCUACAAAAAUGGUAAUUCAAGUCUAGUAUCUAAAGAAUAUGUGUAAAAAUAACAAGAUGGGAAGCGGAAAGUUCGGUUUCAACGCUAAGAAGGACAAAGUGGCAGUGAGUGAUGCAAAGACUGAGUUUAGUGUUAAGGAAAAAUGUCACAAAAUACAGAAGAAACUAAAGACUGAAAAACAGAAGACUGAAGUAGACGCGCCCGAAAAGAAGAUUUGGUGGAACCAGUGCAGUAGUUUGAGCGAAAUAGACCAAUACCUGUGGAUGGUGGGGGGUUCGGCGGGUGCGCUCGCGCUGACAGGCGUCGCAGCCGCCUCCGCCUUCUACCUCAGCACGAGGCCGAAGCCAGAGAAGCCGCUGGUCACACUCCACGAGCAGAGCCUGCUUGAACCGGGACCUGAAAUGGUGCGCGUAUCAAAAUUCUACAAAGAUGCUAAAAAUGGUCGCUAUCUCCGCUAUCUACAUGAAGACACACGCACACUAUAUGAAACUUUCCGAAGAGGCGUCAAAGAAUCAAAUAAUGGCAACUGUCUGGGUUGGCGUGAGGGACCAAAUAAGCCCUACGUGUGGCAAACAUACAAUGAAACCUUGCUGCGAGCGAAAAACUUCGGCUCUGGGCUUAUAUGCCAAGGGCUUGCUCCAGGGCAGAGUACUUUCGUGGGUAUUUAUUCACAAAACUGCCCUGAAUGGGUCAUGACAGAACAAGCUGCCUACUGUUAUUCAAUGGUCAUUGUGCCAUUGUAUGAUACGUUAGGGGCUAACGCAUGUGCCUUCAUUGUUAAUCAAACUGAAAUGACAGUAGUAAUAUGUGAAGACGACAAGAAAGCGAAUCUGUUGUUGGACCAGUCGCCUCGCUGCCUGAGGAAGCUGAUCACAAUCAAAGAGGUGUCCCCAUCAACACACCAACGAGCCAAGAGCCGUGGUGUGGAGAUACUAAAGUUCAGUGAUGUCGAAAUACAGGGGGCGCAGAAAGACCAUCCUUGUAUCCCACCAAAACCGGAUAGUAUAUGCACAAUUUGCUACACAUCGGGAACGACGGGUAUGCCCAAGGGCGUGAUGUUAACGCACGAGAAUGUAGUCGCGUCGAUGUGCAGCGUGAUAAUGCAGUUGGGUGAGCACCGGCCGGCGAAGACCGAUGUCAUGAUAUCCUUCUUGCCCCUGGCGCAUAUGCUGGAGCGAUGUUGCGAGAAUGCUCUCUACAUGGUAGGCGGCGCUGUCGGCUUCUACAGCGGCGACAUCCGCCGACUAGCCGACGACCUGAGCGCUCUAAAGCCUACAAUGAUGCCGGCCGUGCCCCGUCUCCUGAACAGAUUGUACGACAGAGCGCAAGCGGAGAUAUCCAACUCGAGAAUAAAGAAGUUACUGUUCAACAUGGCGUUGUCAGCUAAGGAGUCUGAACUGAAGAGAGGAAUCAUUCGAGGAGACUCGAUAUGGGACAAGCUGGUGUUCCGCAAGGUGCGCGAAGGGAUGGGUGGCCGGCUUCGCAUCAUGGUGGUCGGAUCAGCACCGCUUGCUGGAAACGUGCUGACCUUCGCGCGGUGUGCACUCGGCUGUCUGAUCGUCGAAGGCUACGGACAGACGGAGUGCACGGCGCCCGUGACUCUGACCGUGCAGGGCGACCACGUGCCGGAACAUGUAGGGCCUCCCGUCGCUUGUUGCAAAGUGAAACUAGUGGACGUGCCCGAAAUGGAAUACUACGCGGCGCAAGGCCAGGGCGAGGUUUGCGUGCAAGGCGCCAAUGUCUUCAAGGGCUACUUCAAAGAGCCGGAGAAGACGCGCGAGGUCAUCGACCAGGACGGCUGGCAUCACACCGGCGACGUGGGCAAGUGGCUGCCGAACGGCACACUAAAAAUCAUUGACAGAAGAAAACACAUCUUCAAGCUAUCGCAAGGCGAGUACAUAGUUCCUGAGAAAAUUGAAAAUAUUUACAUAAGAAGUCAAUACGUCGAGCAGGUCUUCGUGCAUGGCGAAUCUUUGAAGUCAUGCGUAGUAGCAGUCGUGGUGCCAGAUGUAGACGUAGUGAAGUGCUGGGCGCUGGAAAACGGCAUCAAAGGCACCUUCUCAACUCUGUGCGAGGAUAAGCGAGUCAAGAAGGUCAUCAUGGACGACAUGCAGCAGUGGGGCAAGACCGCGGGCCUGAAGACCUUUGAACAGGUGAAAGACAUUUAUCUACAUCCCGAUCCAUUCUCCGUGCAGAACGGCCUCCUCACCCCGACUCUGAAGGCGAAACGACCAGAAAUCAGGAGCUACUUCAAACCCCAGAUAGAGGACAUGUACAAACAACUCGAAUAACAUCUACACACCGCCCCUAGCUUAGGGAAAUGUAGCCUACACCUACACACAAACAGAUCGCACUCCUGAGACUGUACUUGAGAUUGAGACGAGCGUCUCAAUGUUAAGCAUUAUGAUUGUGAUGGUUGCGAGGCAAGGAUCGCUAACAUUUUCCUACAUUUAAAUGUGCGGAUAACUAAGGUCUGCCUUAGGGUGAAACGUGAUGAUUUUCAAGUCAAUUUACUUAUUUUAACACAUACAACGGCUAUGACGGAUGAGUAUCAUUGAACAUUUGCACACAUAAUACGUAAAUGGUGUCCAUUUAGCAGGGUUCUUACGUAAAAUGGGAAUUCAAGACCUCUACAUGGUAACACGUUCGUUUGUCACCGUGUCAAAGACAGACUCACAGAUGACAUUUUUAAAGAAGUUUUCAGAAAGGGUUAAACUGUGGAUCGGUUCAUCCAUAUGGGCCUAAAAGACCUUACAGUGAAUAGUAGUAAGAGGAUAGUACUUAGGGUACUUCACUCGUAAUUAACUGACAAUAUAAAAGUUGUUUAACGUGCAAAGUGAGAGGAACUUAAAGACCAAUUUAAGUUUCUUUGGUCCUUUUAAAACAGCUAUAAUAGAUUUUGUAAUAAGCCUUAACAAUAUUGUUUUGACACUGCCUGUGAAUAGGUAAGAAUAUAUUUCUAGAACUCUAUCCCCUUUAUUCAUACAAAUCAAAAAGUCCUUUAAAACAAAUUUUAAAAAGGCAAUACGAGUUGAAUAAAACCAUACUAUAAUUGAUAGAGGCUAUAGACAUGACAACACACUUUACACACAUUAAGAUUAUGAAAAAGUAAAAUGUAGUCAAAACUUUGAAUGAGUGAACGAUAGAAAAAACUUUAUUAUCAUUCACUCGUUCAAUAUAUUAUUCCAUUCACUCAUACCAGCUUUUGAAAAAGUUUUCAAAAUUUAAGUCAUUUUCACUUUCUUAGUACUAAAAAGAGCUAAUAAUGCGAGUGCAACUGACUGACGGAGUUUUUGGAAGUUUCUCGUGCAAAAUUGUAAAUUUUAUUAAGUCCUAUCCCUUGUAUAUUGUAUUCUAUUGAAUAAUCCUCAAAUAUUACCUACAUUUUUGCAAUGGCAAUAAAAAGGAACGGUGUUUCUUGCUCAGUCAAUUAAUAUUAUACUGUAAUAAGCAUUUGGCUCUUAUCUCAAAUAUGUAAUCGCAUGGUACUUAGAUCAUUAUCUUAUUUGCCAGCUUUACAUUUUUAAAUGAAACCUUAAGCUUGGUACACACUGCAGCUAAUGUGAGCAAAAAUGAGCAAACUUAUUACUGUUUAUUUUAAUUUAAUGCUUUGAAUUUAAGUAACACCCUUUUACGCAUUUCUCUUCUCAAUUGUAAUUUUUAAUGGCAGUGCUCAUUUGGCUCAUCUUGUUUAGUUCAAUCAAGUGAGAUAAUGGAAUUGCAUAAUAUUCUAUUACAUACGAUUCGCGAGUUAGAUGUAUCAUCAAGGAUUCUAACAAUAAAUAGUUUUUAGGUAAAAUUGAGAGCAAUAUGUUUGAAGUAAUUCACGAAACUGUAGGUCUUAUGCUGUCCUGGUGAAAAUAGCACGACUUAUGUUUUUAUUUUUUUUAACUUAGGCGUGUUUUAAACGUUUGAAAUUGAGAUCAUAGUUUGAUCAGUAAUAUGGAGAAUUAUUUUUGAGGCAUUAGAAUUCCAAUUCGCUUACUAUUGUUCAAUUAACGAUUUUUGCGUAUUCUUGAACGAAUUGGAACUUAGUGUUUUAAAAAUACGUCUUAUUGUAUAGCAGAAUUGAAUGAUUUCGGUGCAUACUAAUAGUCCCUAGCGUAAGUAGAUGAAAUACUCGUAAACACUUUAUGCCGUGCCUUCUACCUAAAUAUUUUGUAAUUCAAAAAUAAUAGAUUACGCAACAUUUUUAUUUGUAAGGUGCAAGAAUCAGCUGUUUUUUUCUUUAUUAAUUACGAUAAGUAGAAUUUUGUAAUUACUGUAAUGUUUCUUUUUCUCGUAUAACUUUACUGUGUGAGAUUGUGUUAUGCUUUUGGCGGGGUUAUGCGUUCUGGGAAAUGUUUUGAGGCUCUAAUUUUUUGUAGUAUAGCUCAGCAGCGAACGUGCACACCCCGCUUUAUUUUGAGGACGAAUCUCGGUUUAUGUUGUCUUGUUGCGGUUGCGUUGUGUGUUUUACACAAGAAAGGCAUAAAUUAAUACAAAUAUAAUCCUAGGACAAAUAUAUAGCACCGUGUAGAUUAAAUAAUUUUUGUAUUCU